AUGGACAAAAAGCCUGCGGUUCUGAUUAUCGGUGGUCUCGGCUUCAUCGGUCGUCACCUGGCGCUCUAUAUUCAUGAGAAUAACCUUGCUUCCGAAGUUCGCUUGGUCGAUAAAGUCCUUCCGCAAUUAGCCUGGUUAGCCCCCGAGUUCGAGGAAGCUUGCUCUAAAGACAAGUUUGUUCAGGCCGAUGCUAGUCGUGAACAACAUCUAUCCCGCGUUUUCGAUCGAGCCAAUGGCGAAGAAUUCGACUAUGUCAUUAACUGUGGCGGAGAGACCCGCCAUUCGCAACCCGACGACGUCUACGAGGUACGCAGCUGUGGCCUCAGUGUUACCCUCGGCAAGGAAUGUGCCCGUCGUGGUAUCCCCGCAUUCAUCGAGACCUCUACCGCGCAUGUCUACAAGAGCGGAUCUUCUCCACGUAAGGAGUCCGACAAGCUGCAACCAUGGCAUAAACUCGCCAAGUGGAAGUUGAAGGCCGCCGAUGAGCUGUUGAAGAUCCCUGAUCUGCAGUACUGUGCUUUGCGCUUGCCCCACGUCUACGGCGAAUACAACCCCGGUUAUUUCGCCAUGGCCAUCUGUUUAGCCCGUGUACACUUGGAAUUGGGACAGGAUCUGGAGCUGCUUUACUCAAAGGAUGUGAAGGUCAACACCUUGCACGUGAAGGAUGCUGCGAGCGCCCUGUGGCGCGCGGCUGAAUGGCGUGCAUCUGUUGGCAAGCUUGACUCGCCCGACUCGAAAGCGCCAGAGACGUUCAAGGGUUCAAAGGCGAUCAUUGCUUUCAACGUGGUCGACCACAAUGACACACAACAACAGCAUGUGGCUAAUGCCCUGGCUGAGGUGUUCGGCCUCAAGGUAACUUUCACUGGUUCGCUCGUUUCACAGCUGGCUAAGAUGAACCUUGAUGAUGUUGUCGAGGACAUGAACGAAGUCAGUCUGCAAGAGUGGGCCGAUCUCAUUGAGAAGAGCAAUGUCUCGCGCCCCGGCCCGAUCGGUCCUUUCCUCGAGCGCGACGUUCUCAAGGACCAGGAUAUGUCAAUCGAUGGUUCGUUCUUUGAGAAGACAACAGGAUGGAAGCCCAAACAUGAGAAGUUUGAUGCCAGCAGUAUCCGCGAGAUGGUAGAAAGCUACAAGCGGAUGGGCUGGUGGCCAUAA